ACAUCACCGGAGCUCACUCACUCUCCCUCUCUCUCUCCGAGUGUGAGGCGGUCUCGCUUUCUCUCUCUCUCUCUCUCUCUCUCUCUCUCUUUCUCUUCCUCUUGUUCUCUCUCUCUCUCUCUCUCUCUCUCAGUCUGGACUCUGAGGGAUCGGGAUAUUCUCACCAAAAGUACACAGACCUCAAAGCCACGGGCAUUCACUCCAAAAAGGACGUGGGUUGGAUUAUUACCGGCCGCUGAAGUUUCAUUUAUAUCUCAACUAUAAUGAAUCCCACGAGGAGAAAUGGAGCUCACAGUUUGUAGUUUAUUUUAAAAAGGACACAUCCUAAACCAGUCGGGCUCUCGUUUUUGCUUUCAUGGUGACUCGGUCUAUCAGGAUGAACUUGCAGUGGAGCAGCCCGGCAUCCUGCAUCCGCACCGGGAGAGUCGCGCACAAGCGGCUGGACUCAGACGAUCAGCCACCGGCCAAAUGCGCCAGGUUGAGCGCCGAGGCGGGGGACACACAGGGACUUCUCGGCACCUCUCCCGGAUCCCCGGUCAGCCCCGUCCCGAGCCCUGUCCUGGCGACCCACCAGGGGCCAUCCAGGAUAGGACCGUUUCUGCUUCUACCUCUGGCGGACCGGGAGAGCGUGCACAGCGCGAUGAACACAGACACUGGCGAUGAGCUGCUGUGCAAGGUCUUUAAUAUGGGGGUGUACCAGGAAAAGAUCAGAGCCUACGGGAUCCUACCAGCCCACAAGAAUGUGGCUGGCUUCAGGGACAUCAUCCUUGGAGAACGCAAAGCCUACGUGUUCCUGGACAAGGACUUUGGGGACAUGCACACCCUGGUAAAGAGCUGUCGCAGGCUGGAUGAGGAGCACGCCUGCAGGCUUUUCCGUCAGGUGGCUGUGGCUGUGGCACACUGCCACCAGGCGGGCAUCGUGCUGGGUGACCUCAAACUGCGAAAGUUUGUCUUCGCUGAUGAGAAAAGGACACAGGUGAGACUAGAAAGCCUCGAGGACUGUCGUGUCCUAGAAGACCCAAACGACGACUCCAUGACAGACACCCAUGGCUGCCCCGCCUACGUCAGCCCAGAGAUCCUCAGCGGUUCUGCGCCUUACUCGGGCAAGAUGGCUGACAUGUGGAGCCUGGGGGUCAUGCUGUACACCAUGCUGGUUGGCCGUUACCCCUUCCACGACCCGGACCCGGCCACGCUGUUUUCCAAAAUCCGCAGAGGCCAGUGCUGUUUGCCAGAAGGCUUGUCGCCCAGGGCCAAGUGUCUGCUCCAGAGCCUGCUGAGGAAAGAACCCUGGGAGAGACUCGCUGCGAAUGAGCUGCUCUCUCACCCAUGGUUCCACCAGCCGCCGUCGUCGCAGGAAGUGGCGCUGGGUGAACAGGAAGUGAGUUCGGCGGAACAGAUGGUGCCAUCCUUUGACGUGGAAGAGGAUGAUGAUCUGUUCUGCUGACGGACUCCAUUCAGCUGAGUGUGGCUGAGGGACCAAAACAGAGAUUGCAAUGAGGGAUCCAUUGUUGUCUUUUUACAUUGGCACUUUUUAGAAAACCCAUUUGUGUACUGUUGAGUGUACAUACACCCUCAAGCUUUCUACAAAAACUUACUGUACUGUAUUUUGUUGAGGUAUAUGUGUUACUUGCUAAGGGCAUUGUUCAUGAUGAUCAUUCAUUGUGUUUCUAUAUGUACAUAUUUGGUGCUAAAAGAAAUGACAAGGACUCAGAAUUUGCCAGAUCAUGUUAACAAAAUAAUCUGUGCAGGCUUCUAUGAGUGUAUCAUAGAAAAUCAACCCAUGGCAAACAGUAGUCACCAAUGCUUGCUCUCAGCCUGGACUCGCAUGGCUUCAGAAAGCAUUAGAAGAAUCCUGCUGAACGGGAGGCACGGAGACGUGAUGUUGUUCCUCUCACUCUCUGACCAGGCUGGAGGCUCCGCCGGCUGACUCACCGACCAGCUCGAGGAAGGCCUAGCACAAGCUUGAUGUCUCGCAGCAGGCAGUGUCAUAGAGUGAGAAAGAUGCUUAGCGGAGGACUGAUGUGUCACACUCAGCGGGGAGGCUACGAAGGUGCUUCACUGCCAAUCUGGCAACGACUCAGCAAAUGGAGAGCAUUUACAAAUCUCACACCAAGCGCAGAAGGUUGAGAAAGGCAGGGUGUUACUGGUGUAAAGCUCACAGAAAAGUGGGGAGAGUUUGUCACAUACACACUCAACAAUAAGCAAUGGCACUGGGCUAACACAAAUCUUUGUAAAUGGCUAACAGGGAAAGGAAGAAAUCUCAGUAAUUCUUGAUUUUUAACAGUUAAAAUUAAAGCAUUUAACUUUUUUUAAAACCUGAAUAUAUAUAUAACAUAUAAAAAGGUUGCAUCAGAACAGGAAGUGUUUAUUAACAGGGUCUGAUCUUGCAAAUUUGAGCGUGAUCAAUCUGUUUGGCUCUUCAGAAAUGCUGUGUGUGCAAUUAGCCACACCACACUAACACUAAUGCUUCUGAAUUCAAAUGAAAUGCAGAAAGGAUCUCUGGUUUUAAAGGCUUGGUCACAUGCCUUUGCAAGCAACAGAGAUGGUUGGAUAAAUGUUAUGCCUGAAGGCAUGCUACAGUAGGAUUUCAGUAGGAAAAGUAAAAAAAUACACAGAGAAUUCAAAUGGCACUUCCUACUGACGCAAUAUGAGUUAACGCUCAAUCCAACAAUGUUUGUAUUUUUUAAGAAAUAUUUUAAAUAUCCAGUUAAGGAAAGAAACAGAAAAAUGAAGCCUUUCUCAGUUGAACCGGUUUUUGUUCAUUUCUGUUGGAACAUAAUGUCAAGUUGUGUUGCUUUUACAAAGCUGAGCCGUGCUGAGUGUUGUGCCCGUAUCACUGUGUUUCAUAAACUGUAUGGCUCUGAAUCAGUCGCAGUCAGGCGAUAUUUGAUGUUGGUUGUGUGAUGAUGACUCAACACUUGAGCGUGUCUGUAGAGAAUGGUCCUGACCUUGGCUGGAAGAAUCCGUACUGACUGUUUCACCUCUUUAAUGGUACGUUUCCCCCUUCCUUUUUGUUUUUCCGUUGAAAGCUGCGGAUCCAUGAAGACUAGUCCUCACAGUUCUUGACAUGAUGUACCGCAUUCUACAAGAUUGUUUAUCUUGGAUUGUGACACGCGGAUGCAGCGCUUCAGUGACGUUGAUCCUUAGAGGCUACUGUACAUCUGCAAUCAGCUACAAUCAUUUUGACGACGGUACCAAAUGUGGCAUAUCUGAGAAGCGCUGUGCAUUAAAGUUUUCGGUCACGCAGUCGACUAAUAAAACGUCUGUUGCAGUUCUGUAAUUAUUUUCUCUCAUCUGCUCGAGAUACCAGAAUGGAACCGACUUGUGACAAUUUGAAUUGUUCCUCACAGAAAAGUAAUUUAAGAGAUUUAUGAUUUUGUUCCUGGAUCAUACAUGUAGAGUGAGUCACACAUUCAUGUGAUACGUAGAUUAAACUGACACGGGUGCACAAACUUCAUAUUGCACUGUGAAUUAUGUAUUUGUGACACAACCUAGAGGCUUUUAAUUGCCCAGACAGGUUACACACGAGAUAUAUUCAUUGUACAAAAGAUGUAAAUAUGUAUAUUUGAAAUAUGUGUGGAGAUGUUGAAUAAAGAUCACAUUUUUUCAUAUUCACA